UAUUCCUCGAGUCGGUGUCCCCGUAUGCCUGGGCGAACCUCGGAAUUGCCAUGUGUAUUGGUCUGUCGGUCGUCGGGGCCUCAUGGGGUAUCUUCCUGACCGGCUCGUCGAUUGUGGGUGGAGGUGUCAAGGCACCCCGGAUUCGCACCAAGAACCUGAUCUCCAUCAUCUUCUGUGAAGUGGUGGCUAUCUACGGCGUCAUCAUGGCCAUUGUCUUUUCCUCCAAGCUCAACCUCAUCGAGGGCGACCAGCUCUUCUCCGGCAGCGACUACUAUACCGGGUUCGCGCUGUUCUGGGGUGGCAUCACCGUCGGCGCAUGUAACCUGAUCUGCGGCAUCUCCGUCGGUAUUAACGGUAGUGGUGCUGCCCUGGCCGACGCCGCCGACCCGAGCUUGUUCGUCAAGAUCCUCGUGGUGGAGAUCUUCAGCUCCGUGCUUGGUCUUUUCGGUCUGAUUGUCGGACUCCUGAUCGGCGGAAAGGCGCUGGACUUCGGGGCCGCGUGAGAAGAGUGUCGAGGGAGGUAUAGAGGGCGGUGGUGGGGAUGAUGUGUAUGACUUAUAUCAUUCUUGUCUUCAAUUUUCUGUUGUCCUUUUCAUAAGCCGCAUCGGGGCGCACGGAUUCGAUUUGAUUGUAGAACCUUUCUUUUUUUUUUUGGCUAUGCGUGAAUUGCAUUGAUAGUCUUGCUGUUUGGUUUGUCUGACGGAGAGAUCGGGAGGAUGUGGUGUACAGUAACGAACGAGCGUAUCCAAAAUGAAAC